AUGAGCCAGCUCAACAAUGAUAUUUUCCGUAUCAAAGUUGUUGACUAUCAGAAUAAGAAAGUCCCCAUACUGAUGCAGAACAACAACGGGCCCUGUCCUCUCCUUGCCAUCAGCAAUGUACUUCUCCUUCAGUCCAAGAUACAGAUACAUUCAGAUCUGGCAUACAUGGACUUCAGGCAGCUGAUUCACCUUGUUGGGGACUACUUGGUCCAGUUCAACCCUCCGCAUCACAACCCAGAGAUGCAGGCGAACCAACAGCAGCAGAUUGACGAUGCCCUGUCCACUCUCCCAAAGCUUGGGCGAGGACUGGAUGUGAACGUACGAUUCCAGAAAGUGACUGACUUCGAAUACACGGACGAGCUCUCAGUGUUGGACAUGCUUGGCAUCAACCUGUUCCAUGGUUGGCUGGUGGACCCACAGGACGUGAAGACUAUGGGAGUGAUUCGGGACAUGUCAUACAACCAGCUGCUCUGUCUCCUUGUAGAUGCUGACUCCAACCACCGUCCAUCGAUUCCUGAGAAGCAACCGGACCCAGGGGACACCUCAACUUCAAAUGCUGCGCCGCCCGACAACAUGGCGGGUGCGGUCCCUGAGAAUGAGAACGCACCCUUGACAAGUCAGAUUAAUCAGAAUGAUGAAGAUUUCAAGAAGUGGAGAUCGUUGCCCUCAGUUGUGUCAUGGUUUCAAACUCAUACCUCGCGACACGUUUCUCCUGCUGCUUCAGAACCGCAACCAGCUCAGAAAUCUCUUGAAGAGGAACCAUCUCAACCAGAUGUCCAUGUGGAUGAUUCAGCAUAUUUGCAGAAAUUGAAGGAAGCUCAGGUCGUGCAGACGUUCUUACAGGAGACUGCAUCCCAGCUAACCUAUUACGGCAUUGAGCAGCUUCAUGCAACUGUCAAAGAGGGAGAACUCUGUGUCUUCUUUCGCAACAACCAUUUUUGUACGAUGUGCAAGAAGUCCGGGGGCUUGUAUUUGCUGGUAACAGAUGUCGGCUUCUACGAAGAAGAAAAGAUUGUGUGGGAGAAGCUCGUUGACGUCUCGGGCGACAGCAUUUUCUACGACGGCAAUUUCCAAGGAUUCGCUCCUCAGAGCUCUGGCAGAUCUCGAGGGAGAGAGGAAGCGCCGCAAGGAGUGAUUACUCUGGACCAUGUUUCAAAUGCUCUUGCGCAGAUCGCAAGCGUGCCAGAGCAAGUGAUGGAGGCUGUCGAGAACGCCGUCAAGCCACAAGAGAACGUUUCUCCCAAGGCGAUGACUGAUCAAGUGCAGCUGCCCAGCAGAGAAGUGCCCAAGCACUCAGAGCAAGAGGACGCCGACCUUGCCUUCGCUCUAUCACUGCAGGCUGAGUACGACGAGGAGCGACACAGGGAAGAGCAAAGGCAGCAGCAGCAGCAGCAGCAGCAGCAGCAGCAGCAACAGCAGCAGCAGCGAGUUGGUACGGCGGGGGCAAGACCAGCAGGAGGAGCCGUUUCUGCAGCAGCGAGACAACGAGCAGGACACAACGGUGGAGUUUCGCAGGAGCAGAUGGCACAGUACCGGAUGGCCCAACAGCAACGACACCAACAAACUGGUCAGGGGAUGACAAAUACAGGCCGACAGACUACCGGCAGUGCCAACAACAACAACAACAACAGCAACAAGAAUAAAACUUGUUCUGUGCAAUGACAAGAAUGCAUGGAUGGAAUGGCGAUGAUUCAUGGAUGAAGGCAUACAGCUCAGGUGUUGUUCGGUCUUGAGAGCUUUGAGGUAACAGGAAAAUUCUUCUGUUCAUGAUGGUCGGGUGGAGUAUGACAAGCACAAGGAAAUAUCUCACAUUUAUCAAUUCCUCCAUGUAGAUACGAGAAGCAAAUUUAAUGAUUCGAUUCUUACACCAAAAGAGUAUUUUAUUCACUUG